AUUUGGUACUCUCCUAUUGUUUGUCUUCACAUCCGAAUAAGCUACUGAAGAGUGAAGAGAAAAACUAAAGAUGGAUGUUAUAGAGGGAAGAUGGAAAGUAUGCUCAACUGAUGAAAAUAUGCCAAAAGUACUAAAGGCAGCUGGCUAUUCAGAUGAAUUUUUGAAAAAUAUGAAAAGCGGCAAUGAUAGUCAGUUAAUUAGAACUGUCUCUCGCCAAGAUGGAGGAAUGAAAGUAAAGACUGAAAAUAAUGGCGUUGUUAUUGAAGAGACGCUUUUAAAGCCUGGAGAAGAAACUGCUGGAGUAAAUCUUGAAGGAAAAGAGAUUACGAGAAAAUUGGAAAUUGAAGAUAAAACUAUCACUGUUGUCGAAACUUACGGUGGCAAAUGUCUUAAAGGAACAUCAAAAUUAGAAGAUGGAAAAAUGAUUAUUACACUCCAAAGUGGAGAUGAAAAGGCUGAAGUCGUUCAUGAAAGAUUAGAAUAAACAAGAGAGAGAAACCACACAACUAAUCGAGAGUUUAUAUAAAUAAACUAUACUAUAUUAACAAUUUUCUAAUAAAAACCAUAGAACAUUAUUCUAAAAUAUCA